UCACAACUGUGAAUCCGACAAUCCGUUAGUCCAGCCCCGAGGCCGAGUCCCCGAAUCGCUCGCCAGCAGACCAAUGGCCCCCAAUCACCACGACCUCGAGCAAAUCCGCCAGCAGAUCGUGCUGGCCAACAUCCAGGAGCUGAUUCAGAAGAUGACGCAUCGGUGCUUCAACGCGUGCAUCGUGCUGCCGGGCCUGGAGCUGCGCUCCUCGGAGCGCGACUGCCUGUCCAACUGCAUGGAUCGGUUCCUGGACUCGGUUCAGGUGGUGUCGCGCCAGUACUUCCGGCGCCGGCGCCGCCAGCAGCAGUUACGCAUGGCCUCCUCCGCAUCCGCAACCGCAUCCGCAUCCGCUUCGGCAUCUAGUGCUCCCACCGACGAGAGAGGGAAGUGAAGAUGAUGAUUAGGUCCAAGGGACAAACCGACCGAUGAAUGUUGCAGAUGGCCAUUUUGGUCCUUCCAACCACAAAACGGAGCAGUCCGUCCCCCCAAUCUCCCCCC